CGACUGUCAACGUGCUAUUAUUUUUCUAUUCCGAUUACUUGUCCGAUUCACUCAAUAAACAGGCGGGAAAGCAAACCAUAGGAACAGCUGUCUGAAGAGAAGUGUACUUGACAUUGCCAAACUCGGUUUUUGUUCCUCUUCCUUGCAAGUACCAGUCUCUGCUCCUGCCGCAGGAUGAAUGGAAGUACGAUAGAGAACAGCACGUUAGAGAUGCUCACCAACUCGAUGCUGCACUAUACCCUUCCCACCAUCUACCUGGCCAUUUUUGUCAUCAGCACUCCCCUCAAUGCACUGUCCCUCUGGCUGCUCUCUUGCCGCAUGUGGCCCAAGACCCCCACCAUGAUAUUCUCCAUCAACCUGGCCAUCACGGAUCUUCUCUACAGCUUGACGCUGCCCUUCCAGAUCAUAUACCACUGGAACUGGAACAAUUGGGUCGUCGGAGACCCGCUGUGCCGACUGGUAAGCCUGCUCUUCUACGGGAACAUGCACUGUUCCAUCCUGACCGUCAUGCUGAUAAGCGUGGAGCGUUACCUCGGCGUCGUCCACCCCCUGCGCUCCUCUCAGUUCCGCACCAUUAAAACUGCCGUCCUGCUCUGUGUCAUUGUUUGGCUCUUUGUUUUGUCGGUCCACUCGCCGCUGAUGUACUCUGAACUAACGUAUGAAGUUCCGGCCCUGAAGAUCACGACCUGCUUCGACAUCAUGCGCCGUGACAUGUUCCCAGCCUUGUUUUAUUUCUAUCUCUACUUUUCCAUUCAGAUCUUCCUUUUUUUCCUCUUCCCUUUUAUGGUCAUGGUAGUGUGCUACUCUAAGAUUAUCAGAACCCUACUGAGGACCUCAGCAAUGGAAAUGAAAGAGUCAAGGAGACAGAUUGUUUAUUUGACAAUUAUGGUUCUGCUUGUCUUUACUAUCUGUUACCUCCCCACGCAAAUUAUUAUGAUUGCCCAUUUUGUACGCUCAAGCCAGAAGAGACCGAUCUAUGUCAUCUACAAGCUCUCCCUGGCUCUGGUCAGCUUAAAUGGAUGCUUUGACCCAUUGUUGUAUUACUUUGCCUCAAAGGAGUUUCGGCGGAAGGUCCAGAAGUUGUGCCCGUGUCUCCCUGUUGACGAUGGCGACAAGACCUUAAGCAAUAUCAUGCAGCCCCUGGCUGCGAAGGGCAGUCAGUUGUAGGGUUGAAGGUAAGGUCUUCCAUUUGAGUUGGUGGAGGACUGGGUGCCAUUUCCACUAUCCUUCGGACUGGUGAUGGUGGGUGAGAGUCCCUGACCUGUCCCGCAGCCAGAUGGAAAGUGGGCAGGCACAAGGCACCCUUUAAGACUGAGGUUUGUGGAAACAUACAGUGACACAAGAUAUUCUGUAGAUGUUGGAAAUCCAGAGUAAAACACAAAACCUUGG